AUGGAAGAAAAAUCUAAGAGCUAUUCUAAGGAAACAAAAAUAAGAACAACCGGGGAAUGUCAAGCGUAUCUUUUAAAACACGUGAGAGAUGACCACAAUCUACUGUCUACAAAUAAUGAAAAGAAUUUUAAUUGCGAAAUUGAAUAUAGUAAUGACGAAACUUUGGAAAUCAAGGAUGAAAUUCUGGAAGAUCAUGGAAAUUCUUCUAGUCGAGACGUAAGAUUACAAGAUAAUGGAAAAUACGAAUCAGAAGAGUUAAAAGUGCAUCAAGCCAAAGCGAAGCUGAAAUUUCAAGAAUCAAAUGUGGAAGAGGAAAAGAAACACAAAUGCGAAAAGUGUGCGCGAAGCUAUAAACAGAAAUAUUGUUUAAAUUAUCACCAAAGAUUCGAGUGUGAAGUGAUGCCACAGUUUAAUUGUAAAUUCUGUGGCAAGUUAUUUAAACAUAAAGGUUACAUUAAUAAGCAUAUAGAUCGCGUGCAUCAGAAAAAAAACUCAAAAGAACCAAAAACGAAGUUGAAUUGUGACAAUUGUUCUCAAACUUAUACUACUAUAAGUUCUUUAAAUCGACAUAAACGUAUACAACAUGACCCAAUGACACGGCAUUUCAUUUGCGAUAUUUGUAAUUAUAAAACUAAACGCAAAGAUUACUUAGUAACCCAUAUUACUUCACGUCAUUCCAAGUAACUUAAUUUCGUACCCUAAGAUUCAAUUCUUUUACACCUUCAAUCGCGUGUUGUAAAAAUCACUGAAAAAUAGUAAAUAGCGCAAUGAUUUAUGUUUCACAGAUGAAGUGUGAUGUCGAAAAAAUCUGUCCUUAAAAAAGUCAUGAGCUGCUAGCUAGGCAUCGGAUACGAAAAUAAUUCAUCGGAUAUUGGUGUAUUUUGUAAAUAAUUUGCGAGCUGUGAGAGAGAAUUGACGAACUCGAUGUGAACAUUCUAAAAGUAUUUGUUACGUUUUCUUCAUCAGAUGUUACAAAAAUAUUAUAAAUAAUUGUGAAAAAAUUAUCAGAGAACUCACAAUAUUGCCCAAAAAAGCUGUGAACUGGGAACUCGCUAAAAAAUCAUUUAAUUGUUUAAUAAAAAACUGCAAGUUUAAAAUUUAAUGACUCCAAAUGUGCAGUUUUGUGAUGCGAGUGUAGUUUAAUAAUUAAAUUUUGGAUGAAAUUAUUCUUAUGAAAGGAAUAUCAUUUUGAAUAUUUAUGAGUUUAAUUUUUUUUAUCUACCACUCGUCCCGUUGCGCAACGGGACGAGUGGUAGAUAAAAGUAACCUUUCGAUGGCAAUAGUAACUCUAGUAUACUUUUAUCUACCAUUUGUUCCUCUGUGCAGGUCACGCACCAAUACUGAUUCCUAUCUUCAUUUGUUCUAAAGAUAAAGUAUUUGUAAAUAAAUCUCCGUUAUAUGUAAAUUUUCCUAUAUGACGGUAGUUUUUUUCAGGUAGAGAGUACUCUAAAAUCGAGGCAGCAAUUACACUUUGUGAUUCUUAUGCGGUAUUGACAAAUUUCUACCAAAUUUGCUGUAUAUG